AUGCAUAAAUUUCUGCAAAUUAACUUAAACUGCUGCAAGGCUGCCCACGCACUGGCGUUACAGCAGGCAGCGGAAUCCAAUGUUGACAUCCUCAUUGUCAGCGAACCUCCCCCUACGAGGAUCAACACGUGGUACUACGACUCGCUCGGCAAAGCAACCAUAGCUUGCCCACGCGGCCUCACAGUGGACAUCGUCGGGCCCACCGAGCCGGGAUUUACAUGGAUUCAAACAGGAAAUCUCCGUAUUUACUCGUGCUACUGGUCCCCCAGGCCAGACCCCAAUAUUGCACAAUUCCGUGCAUUUCUCAGCAAUCUGGAGCACAGCGUCAUAACGCACAACGGCGACUCGAUCAUCUGUGGUGACUUCAACGCCCACCACACCUCCUGGGGCUCUCGAUCGAAUAGUAGUAAAGGAGACGCUAUCCUCGACUUGAUUCAAUCGUUAGGUCUGGUCAUCUGCAACGUCAGUACGUCCCCGACUUUUGUACGUGGGUCAGGUUCCUCGGUAAUAGAUAUUACCCUGGCUUCCCCCCGCGUUGCAGCAAACAUUUCGAACUGGGCCGUCCUAGACACGAUAACUCUGAGCGACCAUUUUUACAUACAGUUUACUCUACAAGACUUCCUAAUUAGCCACCCAACACGCGUGAGCAGACCGCCAAAGUUACACGCGCCAACCUUAAAGGCGCUCUUGUCAACCAACCGGCUGACUGUCGCAGAAUGUGCCUCAGACAUAGACCAAAUGGCAGACAACCUGUCCUCUGCGAUAUAUGAUGCGUGCAGUCUGCCCCCCUCGAACUCGGAGGGUAAAAGGAGGAGUGUUCAUUGGUGGUCUCCCAGACUGGGCGAAUUACGCAAAACGGCUAAUCACCUCCGCCGCGUCUUUCAACUAAAGCGCCGCCGAUUUGGCCCCGUAGCAAGCGCCGUAGAAGAAGCCGCCGCCAAAUACGCAAAGUUGGCUCUUACUAAAGCAAUAAAGCGCGCAAAGGACCAGGCCUGGAAGGACCUCUAUGAUGAAGUGGAGCGUGACCCUUGGGGGAAGCCGUACAAGAUUGUGAUGGGAAAAAUGAAAAUCAGAUCCGAGAUCCCUGGGCUGAACCUGCCCGGUAGGCUUCCAAUGAUCAUCCGUGAGCUCUUCCCUCCCCACCCGGUGAAACAGCCCGCCUUAUGGCCCACCCCGUCGUCUUCACCCGUACGCAAGGUGGACGUGGAGGAAUUGAAGUCUGCCUGCAGUAAACUCAAAAGCGGUACCGCUCCCGGCCCUGACGGCAUCACAAACGAAAUUUUGAAGAUCCUCAUUUCCCAACAACCGGAGUCGUUUUUGGACAUAGCGAACGCAUGUCUCUCCCAAGGGCGCUUCCCCUGA